AUGGCCAAUAACUCCCAGGAUGCUCCUCCGAUAGUAGCUGGCUCUGGGUCCCGGUGGUGGUUUGGACUGCCCGAGAGGUCUGGUGGAUAUUCCUGUCCUGAAUGCCGAGAAGAGUUUCAGGAGCGACCUGCGCUGUGGAGGAACAUAACAUUGCGUAACAUAGUGGAGAAUUUCCUAUCAGCUCAGCCAGAUCAGAAGGAGUCCGGGGUCCUCUGUACUUCCUGUAUUCACACUCCUGUACCUGCUGUGAAAUCCUGUCUGCUGUGUGAAGCUUCUCUGUGUGACAACCACCUGAGAGUCCACAGCAAGGCACCAGAACACGUCUUAUGUGACCCCACCACUUCCCUGGAGAACAGGAAAUGCUCCGUCCAUAAGAAGAUCCUGGAGUAUUACUGCACUGAGGACUAUGCCUGUAUCUGUGUGUCCUGUUGUCUGAUAGGAGGACAUAAAGGACAUGAGAUGGAGUCACUGGAUGAGGCCUCUGAGAAGAAGAAGAAGAAACUGAGGAAUGUUCUGCAGAAACUGAUGACAGAGAGAGAGGAGACGGAGAGAAGAGUCCAGAGUCUGGAGGAACACAGGAGGAAAGUACAAGGAGAAGCAGCCGGUGAAACAGAGAGAGUCACUGCCCUGCUCAGAGACCUCAGGAGACGUCUGGAGGACCUGGAGAAGAGAGUCCUGAGUGACAUCUCCGGGCAGGCAGAGCGGACCUCCCUCUACGUGUUGGAUAUGAUCCGGGAGCUGGAAAUAAAGAAGGACGAGCUGUCCAGGAAGAUGCGUCACAUUGAGGAGCUGUGUAACAUGACAGAUCCACUGACUGUCUUACAGGAAACCUCGCUCUCCGAGACCGGUCAUCAGGAGACGUCUUUCUCCCGGACCGCUGAACCGUGCACGGGAGAAGCCGCUACUGGCUCUGAAGGACAGCUGAGAAAAGGCGCGGCGCUGCCGGAGAAAGACGUUGUGACGGACCGCCUGGGAUUUGGGCGCAGUGACACGGAGGACCUGGAUAUAUUCUUGGGUCUUGAAGGAUAA